CGGUUCGAGCUCAGCCAACGAAGUCGCAGAGCGGAUAAACAUAUAGUAUAUAUACCGCAGAGAAUCAGAGUUAAGCGUUAAGAAGAGAGAGGGAAAGAGAGAGAUAUAUCGAGUAUAUCCCCUCUUCGUCGCACCCAAAACAAGCUGGGCUUUUGGCCAAACUGUGCGUGAAAUCGCCGAGCCAACGCGAAUUUGAAUUUAAAAUUGGACCCCUGCCGAAAGCGAUGUCAUAAUGGAGCCAAUGACCAUGCUGGUUUUGGCCUUCCAGCUGUUGGCGCUCUUCUCGAUCGCCGGCGCGCUGCUCAUCUACCUAAUCUGCAAGGUGCGCGAGGAUAGCGCCUCGGCCAGUGCGGAGUCGCAGCCGAGUCGCGUGGUGUUGGUCACCAGUGCGGAUACGGCGCUGGGCCUCCAGCUGUGCACCCACCUGGCGAACAAGGGAUGCCGGGUGUUUGCCGGCAUGAAGGAGGCCCACGACUCGCUGCCCGCCAAGCUCCUCAGCGGCUGGAUGAAGAUCCGGGAGUACAGCGAGGAGCCGAUUGCGGGCACCAUCAUCCCCAUGCGGCUGGACGUCACGCGGGAGGAUGUUUUGCGCGAGGCAACCGUCGCCAUGGGCGCCCACCUGAAUGCCGAUGAGCGCGGCAUUGCGGCCGUGAUCAACACCAGUGGCAGUGUCUUCCGCGGAAAGGUCGAGUCGCAGGACGUGCAGCAGUGGGAGCACAUGCUCAAGACCAACAUCCUGGGCACGCUGCGUGUGGCCAAGGCAUUCGUGGGCUUUCUGCGUCCGACGCGCGGCCGACUCCUGUACUUGGGCGGUGGCGGCGGAAGUGGAGCUGCUAGAACCGGCGGCGAUGGACUGGUCGCCUUCAACGCCUCCCGCGUGGCCGUGGACAAGUGCGCCGAGGAGCUGCGCAAGGAGCUGCAGCCGUACGGCGUCAGCGUGGUGGCCCUGGACACCUGCGGCAUGACGGCGGAGUCGUUGUACAAGGCGCCAGUGGCACAGACAAUGUCCUCCACCGCCGGAGCUCCCACGCAGUAUACGGCGGACGUUCUCAGUCCGGGCGCCCUCCAAGUGAUCGAGCGGGCGCUGUGGGACUUUGCCCCGCAGCAGCGCUAUCCGCUCCUGAGCCACAACAAGUACCAAUUCACGUUGCCAUGCCGCUCCUCGCUGCGUCUCCAAAGGCCGGUAGCUCCGUCCCCUGGCGAGUCCGCCACACAAUCGGUCUGAAGCCGCCUCCUUCCGCUUCCUGUAUAUAAACUCCUCAUCCCGAUACCGAUCCCGUUUCUUGGCCUCACUCCACGCCUGCUCCUGCUCCCUGCUCCCUGCUUCAUGUGCUCUGCUUUAACCUAUCUGCAAAUUAUUUUUGUUUGAUGAUAUUUCUUCCUUUAGGGAAGGCCUUUAUAAUAUUUACUUUAUACUCGUUUUUGUACACACUGCAAUGGUGUAAUUGAUGGACAUCAUACGUAAUGAUAUGAUAUAUGAAAAAUAAAUCUUUGUGCUAAUCUA